GGUCUUAAAGGCGGCCUCGCCUCUCCCCCAAAUCGCCGAUCCCCAAAUCCAUUCGAAUCUCCGCCUCCUCGCCGCUCCUCCCCCUCGUCUCCCAUGGCCAUCGCCACCGAGUCGUGCUGCCACGAGGAGAAGGCUCCGCCGCACUCGCAGGAGGAGAAGCGAUGGGUGUUGUCUGAUUUCGACAUCGGGAAGCCCCUUGGGAGGGGGAAGUUUGGCCAUGUGUACUUGGCCAGAGAAAAGAGAAGUAAUCAUAUUGUGGCUUUAAAAGUACUCUUCAAGAGUCAACUGAAACAAUCACAGGUGGAGCAUCAGUUGCGCCGUGAAGUCGAGAUUCAGAGCCAUCUCCGUCAUUCUAACAUCCUACGGCUGUAUGGGUAUUUCUAUGAUCAGACCCGCGUGUACUUGAUAUUGGAGUAUGCUGCAAAAGGUGAACUCUAUAAGGAGUUGCAGAGGUGCAAGCAUUUCUCUGAAAGACGCUCAGCGACUUACAUUGCAUCAUUGGCGCGUGCACUCAUCUACCUUCAUGGGAAGCAUGUGAUCCAUAGAGACAUUAAACCAGAAAAUCUUUUGAUUGGGUCCCAGGGGGAACUCAAAAUUGCAGACUUUGGUUGGUCUGUGCAUACCUUCAACAGGAGGAGGACGAUGUGUGGAACAUUGGAUUAUUUGCCACCUGAAAUGGUGGAGAAGACUGAACAUGACAACCAUGUAGACAUUUGGAGUUUGGGGAUCCUUUGCUAUGAGUUCCUUUAUGGAGCCCCACCUUUUGAAGCAAAAGAACACUCGGAGACUUACCGCAGGAUUGUGAAGGUUGACUUGAAGUUCCCACCGAAACCGUUUGUGUCCCCGUCUGCGAAAGACCUAAUUUCACAGAUGCUUGUGAAGAACUCAGCGCAUCGUCUACCCCUCCACAAGCUCCUCGAGCACCCUUGGAUAGUUCAAAACGCUGAUCCUUCCGGCGUGUACAGAGGCUAG